AUGGCUACGAAAUUAAAUCUGACAUGGGUCUUGGCUUUCACAUUUAUUUGAGUCCAUGUGAUAGCACGAAUAGUUCAAGCUGGAAAUAUUAGUACUUCACACAAUCAAACAGAGAUUGAUGAAAGUCAAGAUAUUAAAAAAUCUUUACAGUCAGAAAUACCAGAAGGAUGAGACCCUGAUAUUCCUAACCUUAGCGUUGGAGAUGGGAUCAUUAAGAACUUUGAAGAGCUAAGAAAGUAUAAAAAGAAUACUAAAGUAUAUUUUCUGGGCAUCUCAAGCAGUAAUUGUAUAAAAUGAUGACAAGGAGAGGUUGUCCUAAAUCAGGUCCACAAUACUUUCAUUAAUAAAGAAGUUGGAUACAAAAAGAAACCAAUCCCUAUCAUCAGAAUAGAUAUUUCUACUUUUGAUGGUGAUUUAUUAGAAGAAGAGGGUCUAGAUGUCAAGAAUGUUCCGAUGCUUGCAUUCCACACAAACAGAGUAACUUAUGAAUACACUGAGACUUUUCAUAAGAGCUUCAUUUUACAUUUCAUCAACAGGAAAUUAUACCCGAUUGUUCUCCUAAAGACUGAGGAUGAUGUAAACUCCUUUAUAAAUCCUGCUAAAGAGUGGAUCGAGAAUACUCCCUUUUAUUUAGAAGAAUAUUCAGGCUUUGGUGAACUUUUUCCUCUAUUUAAAAGAGUCACAAGAGUCAUUGCCUUCAUCAAAGACAAAGUAGAGUUGAAAGAUGAACUUGAGCAAUUUAAGGAAGCUGCUCUUCAGCUUGCUGAUAGGGAUGAUCUCAGAGUAGCAAAAGUAACAGACAAGACACUUGCGUCGAAGUAUAAGGACAUGUAUGGUCUUGAUUGGUUCAGUGAGGUUUCUUCUAAUUCUAUUGUAAUGAUUAAAAAGGACUACAACCAACCAGAACCUAUCAUUAGAGUUUACGACUUAAACACUCAGACAGAACUCUUUAAAGACUGGAUAAACCAGAAUAGCUUGGAACCUCUUGAAGAAAUGUCUGGAUUUUCAUUUAAAAUAAUCUCCCAACUUAGAAAGCCAAUGUUCAUGGCUUUUGUUAACAAGACACAUAAAGAGUAUGAGAAAGAAUCAAACCAAUUGUUGAGAAUACUCAAAGAAAUAGCACCUGACUAUCCUCAGUAUGUCUUCACUUUCACUGAAGAAGAGAGAUAUAAAGAGACAAAGAAUGAGUUGGGCAUCACUUGGGAUGAGGAGCCUUCUCUGGCUUUAAAUCAUUUCUUAACAAAAGAAUCGACUCCUUUUCCUAAAGGAAAGCCAUUUACAAAGCGAAAUGUGGUCUUUUACAUAAAUUCAAUUAUUGAUAGAAGUAUUCUCUCUCCGGACUUUAAGCUUCCAGAUUCCAGGAAGGAAUAUCUAAAGCAUCUUAAGUAUGUAAAGAAGAUUAAGAAAAACAAAUUCUCUGAAAUAGCAAUGGAUAAGGAAAAAGAUGUUGCAGUUCUAUUUCUAGAUUCUAGCCAUAUUAAUAAAGACUCUGAGAAGAUAAUUGAAGCAUAUGGCAAAGCAGCGAAAAGGUAUAAUGAGCUAAAUAUCAAAUCAGUCAGAUUAGCUAUGUUUGAUGUCUUUAAGCAAAGUCCCCCUACUGGAUUUGACCAGAAAAUAGACUCGUAUUCUACCUGAAGAGUCUUUGUUCUGUCUUCGUUGAAUAAAUAUGGGCCAUAUCACGAGGUAAAGAAGCUAACCACCCAAGGAAUCAUGACAGAGAUUCAUGAGUAUGCUGAUAUCCCAUUUGAUCUUCCUGAUUUCCCACAUCUUGAUGAAAUAGAGAUGUAUCAACUAGAGUCUGGAACCUAUCAUGAAGAUUUGUAG